CGGACAUGACACCAGCAUUUUGAUUCUGAAGCUGGUCUUCUUUUUCCUCUUCUUAUUAUUUUUCCUCGGCUUGCCUUCAGAACGCGAGCGCAAAUGUCAAAAUAAAAUUUGACAGUUAGCUCCACUUGACAGUUUGCUUUCUGAGUUUCGUCGUCGAUUUGCGUGUUGCGUUGCGUGUUCGUCCGUGGUCGUAGCAAAUUCAAAUAAAAUGGGACGGAAGUGCGAGGUUUCGACGUGUUCCAACAAUGAAGCGAAACGGAAUGGAGCUUCAUUCAUAAAAUUUCCACUGGAUCCUGCCAUUUCUCAGCAGUGGGUGGAGUUUUGCGACUCAGAAGAGCUUACACACGCCUACAGAGCGCAGGGAGGUCGUGCCUUGAUCAACCGCAAAAUCUGCUCGGUUCAUUUUGCGGAAGAAGAUUUCCGGAAUCGGGGUCGACCAGACCGAGGGCUUCGAUUCGGGACCGUUCCGCGAAUUGUUGGCUGUUCAUUUCUUCCCUCCCAUGUGGCUAAGGCUGAAACAAGCCGUUUUGUGGGAGAGGAUUUACGGCAUCAUGGACCGGGCCAAGGACUUCAGUUUGGAACCGUUCCGCGGAUGUUGGUGGACGAUGAAAUAAGCCAUUUUGCGCAAGAGGAUAUCCGGCUUCAUGGACCGGACCAAGGUCUUCAGUUUGGAACCGUACCGCGCAUGUUGGUGGACGAUAAUACAGGAACUAACCUAGACCUGCUUCCUACGUUCGUUGAUGAGGAGUGGCUGGAAUCCGAUGACGAGAUGAACGAUGACCCCACCAGCCAAGUUGCCCUUGGACAUGCGAGCGAGUUGAACGAUGACCUUGGUGGCCCAUGUGACCAGGAGGACAAAGAAAAGUGGACCGGCAACUCUAACAAUACGAUCACUCCAGAUGGCGAGGACGUGUUUAACGGCAACCCGCUUGGUUCAGCAGAACCGUCUGUUUUCAUCCACGUUUGGUUGAACUCCGAGGAGCAGUUGGAACCUGGCAGCUCGUACAUAACCACUCUCGAUGAAAAUAUAGCUGAAUAUGAUCAACCCCCUACGCCUAUUUCAAUCAACGGAUGGCUGGAAGCCAAAACUGAUACGUGCGCCCCGGAAGCCAUUGGUGCAUUGAAAAGUGAACCCUCGAUCGUGCUAGAAGGCGCGGAUGGGACAAGCGAAUAUCCAGAGUACUCGUACGCCCUGGACGCCAAGUGGGGAUCGAGCAAAGAACUCAUUCCUGAGGCCGAAGGCGGGCUGAACUCCGGCGGCGUGUCAACCGCUCAUCGCGCGGGUAUGCGGACGUUCGGGUCAAGUGAAGGACUCAGCAGUACCAGCAUCCCUGAGGCCGAAGGCGGGCUGAACUCCAGCUGCUUGUUUACGGGUCAAACGAAGAAGUGUUGA